ACCUCUCCACCCUCAUUUGCCUAUUUCUUUCUCUCUCUUUCUCACAUCACCAAAAAUAAAUAAAAACCUCUUUCAUUUCUCCUCUGUCUCCUCAUCACUUCUCUCAGUACACCACAUAACAUAACCCCCUCCAAAAUCACCCCUAUAAGUCUAUAACAAAACAUAAAACUAACACCGAUGAUUUUAACAACCAGCAAGGGCGGAGGUGUAGGUGUAGGGAGGGAGGUUGUAAGCGGAGGAGCCACCGACGGUGGCGGUGUUGAAGGUGGGAUGUCGUCGAUAUUGAAGAAGGGGCCAUGGUCAGCAGCAGAAGACACGGUGUUGAUUGAAUACGUGAAGAAACAUGGAGAAGGAAACUGGAAUGCGGUGCAAAGGAAUACAGGACUUCAACGUUGUGGUAAGAGUUGUAGGCUAAGAUGGGCUAACCAUCUCCGACCUAAUUUGAAGAAAGGUGCCUUCUCUUCUGUUGAAGAACGUCUCAUCAUUGAUCUUCACUCUAAACUUGGUAACAAGUGGGCCCGCAUUUCUGCUCAUUUACCGGGGAGAACAGACAAUGAAAUCAAGAAUUACUGGAACACAAGGGUAAAAAGAAGAAUAAGGCAAGGGCUGUCACUUUACCCAAAUGACCUCCCAACACCACCACCGCAACAACCACCACUUCACCACCACCACCAAUCACUCCCUCUUUCUCUCUCACUCCCGAAAACUCCACCACCAACACUCUCUCUUUUCAACCCAGUUUCACUCGCCUCCCCUGUUUUCUCUCUCAACCCACCUCCACCUUUCCUCCCUUCUCACCACCACUCCCUCAAACGCUGCUCCACCUCCUCAUCAAACUCCUUCAUGGGCAAUCCUAUUUUCUCCUCCUCUCAAGUGGGUCCCCUUCAUAUUAGCUCGGCGGGGUUCGGGUUCGACCCCGGCCGAGAGGGGUUCGGUUUCUGUAGCCCGGGCUUUUUCGAGCUCCCUUCAAACCAAUUUAGCCAAAAUGUGAGUGGUAAUAAUUAUAUCAAGAUGGAAUUAGAUAAUGAAGUCAAGGUAAAUCCAAAUCUGGGUCGAACUAAUAGUGGAUUGUUGGAUGAUCUCUUGCAAGAAUCUCAUGUUAAGGUGAGUUUGAAGAGGGAAAGAGAAGAUGAUUGUGGCUUGCAGUGGGAUGUUUCUAGCUCUGAGAAUUCCUCCACUGGAAUCAAGAAAGAAGAAUUGGAAGAUGAAGAACAUAAGUUAAACUUCAAUAGUCAAGACUUGUCGAACAUCCUUGAGUUGAUCCCUACCCUUGUCCAAGCUCCCAAAUGGUGCAACAAUGGCAGUGCAGAAAGCUCAGCACCUCAAUCAUCUGCUGUUAGUAUAGACGAUAAUUACAAUGGAUUCGAUGAUCAGAUGCCACAACCUCCAUCUUUUACUGCUGUGAACAACACAAGUUAUGAGGAUGAUGAUGGUACUUGGAAUCCUGAGUGUUAUAAUUGGGAUAACUUGCCUAGAAUAUGUUGAUCAUCAUCUUAAUUAUUUUCUGAAUUAUUUUAAGUUAAUUAUGUUUAAGAAGAGGAUUAGAGACCCCAAAGGUUGUUUCUAGUUGAUUGUACUAGCUCAUUUGUUUCUAAAAGGGAGUGCAUAUAUGCCCUUUGACAAAGUUUUUUUUAAGUCCCCAUUAAUAAUAUAUGCACUCUUCUUGAACUGUUUCUAAUUUUAUGUAAUCCUCAUCAAUGAAAUGAAGUACUCCCUCUUUAUUUUUUUAGGAGUUA